CACAUAAUUCAAAUCGAGGAUGAGUAAAAUAGAAAAUUAACGUUGGUUGCGAUAUACAGAAGAAUAAGAUCAUAUUUCCACAGCUCCACGAGCUCUUUUCGAAAGCAUCAUAUUUAAAAUGUAUCAAGGGAUGACACAGAGACCUCUGGCUCUGAGCAAGACAGUGAGCCAGAGCUGCCAGGAGAUGUCAUCGAGCCCCUCCCAACUGCAUCAAGCACCAGAUAUGCUGUUCCAAAAGGACCCAAUGACAUUUCAAGAUCCAGAGAAGAGGGUUCUGUACAGCCGUGUUUGAAAUCAUUUCCCAGAACUCGGCAUGGUACUAGGAAAAGGGCUUUCAACAGCUCCUGGUUUAAAGGACAAUUCAUGGCUUGAAUAUUCUAUUGCCUUCAUUGGGAGUGGGCAGGAAGUCGACAGUCUGUCACAGAAGUGGGGGUUUGAGGCCUUGGCUGUUACACAGCUUGGACAGUAUGAGUUCUUCAUGCCAGGGAUGGUGGACACCCACAUCCACGCGUCUCAGUACAGCUAUGCAGGCACAGCCCUGGACCUGCCCCUGCUACAGUGGCUCAACACGUACACCUUCCCAGUGGAGGCCUGCUACAAAGACUUGGAGUUCGCCCGCAACGUUUACACCCAUGUCGUGAAAAGAACCCUGAGAAACGGUACCACUACGGCUUGUUACUUUGCCACCAUACACACCGACGCUUCUCUCCUGCUGGGCCAAAUCGCAAAUGAUUUUGGACAGCGUGCCCUUGUGGGCAAGGUGUGUAUGGAUACAAACAACUUUGUCCCACAUUACAGAGAGACGCCAGACGAGUCCCAUGACGAAACCAACAGGUUCAUUAGUGAGAUGUUGAAGAAGAAGUACCCCCUUGUAAUGCCAGUGGUGACCCCGCGCUUCGCCCUGUCUUGCUCUGCUGCCCUGCUGGGUCACCUGGGAGAGAUCGCCAAGAAUAACCACCUGCACAUCCAGAGUCACAUCAGUGAGACGAAGGAGGAGGUGAAGCUGGUGAAGGAACUGUUCCCAGACUAUGACUCCUACACAGACGUCUACCACAAACACAACCUUCUCACUGACAAGACUGUGAUGGCUCACGGUUGUCACCUAACCGAUGAAGAGCUGAAGCUGUUCAGAGAGAAAGGGGCGUCCGUCGCUCACUGUCCCAAUUCCAACAUCUCGUUGUGCAGUGGUAUGCUAGAUGCCCGCAGGGUUCUGAACCACAAAGUAAAGCUGGGGCUGGGCACAGAUGUGGCAGGAGGCUACUCUCCCUCUAUGCUGGAUGCUGUGCGGAGAACGUUGGACACCUCUAAAGCCUUGACCAUCCAGGACCCCCAGUACCAAACGCUCACCUUCGAGGAGGUCUUCAGACUGGCCACACUGGGAGGCAGCCAAGCCCUGUCCCUGGAUGAACAUACAGGAAACUUUCAGGUCGGGAAAGACUUUGAUGCUCUGCGGGUGAACACGGCCAUAGCAGGAGGACCCAUUGAUCUCAUCAACCACGGAGAGGGGCCUAAGGUGCUCCUGGAGAAGUUCUUGAAUUUGGGGGAUGAUCGGAACAUUGCGGAGGUGUACGUGGCAGGGAAGAGAGUGGUCCCAUUCGUGGAAACAACAUAGAUUUGGGUUUGGUUGCUGGAUUGUUGUCAUCUUGUUACCAUCUGUCUGAACCCUCUACCAGUUUACCUGACUGCUGUUGUAACAGGACAGGAGGUGAUGAGUAAAAUGUAUUCAACGAGAGGGAUUAUUACUCUAUAUACAGUGUGUGUGUGUGUUUUCAAUCAUCUAGUGUAAUUACAUACAGUUAAAUUCAAUGGAUGAUAUUGCUGCUCAUCGUGAAGUUCAGAGUGAAUCCUAUGUUGUCAUACUUAUGUCGUAACCCAAAGAACAUCAUUGUCUGUUGUUUUUGUUAUUUCAAAGUCGAGGGAAAUGUGUGUUUAUGAAUGUAGGUUUAUUCAAUUCAAGUAAUUUUUAUUUCCUGAGAGGGAACUUCAUCUAUGGUGACGGCUUGAUAUUAACAAGAUAUAUAACAACACAGCAACAUAGAACACGAAAACAUGUGCAGUAUAAUAGAUUAGAUGCAAUCAUAGGCCAUAUACAAACACAAAUAAAAAUGUCAAGGGUU